UCGCCGACAUGUUUGUCUCAGUUCUUUGUCUGCUGCUUCUUUCACACUCAGCUCUCACUGUUGUUGUUCUUCAGUCGGGAGAUCAAAUAUCCCAGCCAGGACUCAUGGUGACCUUUGAGUGCAGUAUGGGUCCCGGGCUCAGCAUGGGCAGCUACACCAUGUACUGGUACCGACAAAACCACUACGGAGCGCCACUGGAGUACCUGAUCAAAGAAUACGAGCAAACUGCGGGGCACUUCAAGUCAUCUAUAGACACAUCCAAAAACAGCUUCCCUCUUCAAAUCACUGAGCUGCUCCUAAAUGACAGCAGCACCUACUACUGUGCUGCCAGACACAGUGAACCUUGUAUCAGUGUGAACGACUACGACCCUGCUUACUUUGGCAGUGGCACCAAACUGACGGUGUUGGAACCAGACUGCGAAAUCACAAAACCAACAGUUCAAGUUCUUCCUCCGUCAACAAAAGAGUGUCGAGACCAGAAAGACAAUGCAAGGAAGAAGACCAUUGUUUGUGUGGCCACUGGAUUCUACCCAGACCAUGUCCAAGUGUCCUGGCAGAUCAACGGGAACAGCGUCACCAAUGGUGUGGCGACUGAUGAGGCUGCCCUGCGAGAGGACAAGUUUUACAAAAUCACCAGCAGGCUGAGGGUCCUUGCCAAAGAAUGGUACAAACCAGACACUAAAUUCACAUGUACCGUCAGCUUCUUCGAUGGGACAGAAACUACAUCUCAUUCAGAUUCAAUUAAUGGAGAAGAAGCUAAAGGAGAAGCCCUGACAAAAGAGAAAUAUCUGAGGAUCACGCAGACGGCCAAAUUCUCCUACGGUGUUUUCAUCAUCAAGAGCAUCACCUACGGAGCCUUUGUGGGGUUUCUGGUGUGGAAACUUCAGAGUUCAGCUGGAAAGCAGAACAACUGAGAGCUAAACUGAACAACGAUUGGGAUGGAUUCUUGGUUUCUGUAAAUACAAUUUGCAGUUUGUGGUGGUUAUAUUUCUGCAGCUUUGUAUCAUGGCAUAUUUGCAUUCAUGUAUAAACGAGCCAAUCAAAUUAUGCCAACAUUAGAGGAAUAUAUUCUUGCUAAUAUAAUGGCUAUAAGACGCAGCCCAGUCGCUAAAAGAAAAUGCUAGUAUUGAACUUUUGCGCACAGCAUGAAUACGUGACAUUUGCAUGUUUGAUUUUUACCAUUACAACAUUUCUGGAGUGAAGCUGUAAAGUGAGACGCCUGCCAAGCUAUAGACCCCCGUUUGAGACAGACGAACAGAAAAAUGAGUUGUGAUUUAGUAAGUCAUCGCACUGUUUAAGCACCAAACGUGGGUGUUUGGUUGUGCCCUCACAACAGAUUAUUUUAAGCCCAAACAUGAUCUUUUCCUAACCAAGUGGUUUUUGUGUCUAAAGCUACUGAAAUGCAACAUUAAAACGUGAAAAUGUAAUCUGUCGGUGGGUUGCAUAAACGUACAAUGCUAACAUUUUUUACAGUGAUGGGGUUGAGACAGACACAUCUGUGUUUGUGGACUAUUUGCUGAUUAUUUUCUUCUCAAUAAAACUAUCUCAGAGGAUCUUUCACUCAUGUUUAAUUCAAUUUGCGUUUUAAGUUUUGCCUCAAGUGUCUGCUUAAAGAAACUCUGACAAACUGUCUUGAAUAUGCGGAUCACGUUAACAAACAGCAUGUAUCUAAAACUGAAAGGUUUAUGCAGUAACCUCUAUGUCAGACUAAACUUUUAAACAGGUGAAGAUUAAGCAGAUAAAUUACAAUUUUAGUCAGUUGCUCCAAAUUUUACUGAUAUGCAGUUAGGCUGCCAUCCCCCACCUCAGUGCUCUCACAUCUCAUCUGAAACCGAUCAUCACUUUUUCCACAGACAGUGUGAGGUAUUUUUAGCUGCUCUUUUAUCUGCAUCUUUUCAGAGAAAUGCGUUAUUCCUCGCCUACAUAACUCUGAAACAACUCAGCUGGGGAAAAUUUAAUGUGCAGUUUCAUACAGGUCUUAACAUUUGAAUUGGUGGUGAUUUAAGGUUAUCUGAUUACAUAUGAAUCAAUUUGGAAAAACUCAACUCUAAAAUUGUUUUUAAGUCAUUUGAACGCAUUAAAGUGGCUUUAUUUAAGUCAUAUCUACUUCUUCUAUUCUGCGCAAGUGUGAGAAGCUUAUGAGAGUUUACAUUCUCUUUAUGAAUAAAAGCAGCUACUCUGUCAGUAGGACAGUAAAUGUGAGUGUGAGUCGACCACAGAACAACAGGAAAUCAGCUUUCUCGUCUGUGUACAGAAGAAGGUCAGAGCUGUUGCUGAAACCUGCAGAGGAGCAGAGAGCGACAGCAGAGGAGAGGAAGUGGUCACGGAGCAGCCUGCACGUCGUUCUCUCUGCUGAGAAAAGACGGAGGUGAAACCUUCAGCUUUACCACAACCUCCGUUUCACAGAGUGCACCUGCUUCUCUGCACCGACACCCCCACACUGCACUGCAGCUCUCUGAGCAAACAGCUGGAAAACUUUUAUUUCUGUGUCAACUGAAGCUACAGAGUCAACAUACAUGUGUUACAUAUACAACAGCUGUUUACUGUCAUCUGGUGCAAAAAUAUGCAUCUGACUGUUCAUUUAGUAGCAGUUUAGUAGCAGUCUCAGACUAAAGACAGUUAUCUCCAGUAAUUAAUAAACAAAAUAUAUAAACUCCUCUAUAAAUCAUCUUCAUGUUAUUCUCCAAUACAUAUUUGUUUUCUUGCUUGAUUCAAACUGAAAUAAAGACCCCAGAGGGACUGGGAAAAAUACA